AUGAGUGGUGGUCUAGGCUCUACUAUCACUGAAGAUUCAGUGUAUAAAUAUGCUCUUCGUAUUGCAUAUUUGGCUUUUCUAACUGAGGUAAAGUCCUCAAAGGCUCCGAAAGCUGCACCAGUCUCUGCAUCCGCACAACUUAAACCCUCUUCCGACAAUGCUAGUUUAAAGCGCUCUAGUCUUUAUGGCGCCGAGAAAUUAGCAUUUAAUGCUUUUGAUAUGUUCAAAGAUGAAAAGAAAGCUCACAAAAUACCAAAAGAAUUGGUCAAAGUAUUGCGUGACCGUUUAGAGCAAAUCACUAAUGGCCGUGAUCGUGAUCCAACUUAUCAAGACCCUUAUUUUAUGAAGGAACUUAAAAUUUUCCACCAAGCCUUACAACAAUCUGGUUUUCGUCAACAGUUUAAAUCAAGUAAUAGUAAAAUUGAAGAUAUUGUACUUAUAUUUCUCAGAACUUCUCAAGUUGAGCUCAAAAAAGCGCAAUUACCUCCGAAUGUUACAUGGCAAUCUAAGCUUACGGAUCACGUUAGUCUAUUCGUCGGUAUAUUGAAAGAUUGUCUUCAAACCAAGGAAUGUCAAUCACCUGCUACACCUGAUUUAUUGGCUAGGUUAGAGAUUUAUCAAACAAAAAUGUCUAGUACUCCCACCACUAGUGGAGGAAGCGGAGGAACUGCAAGCACUGGUUCAGGCACGAGCAUUGAAGAUAUGGAUAUGGUGAAAGUGGUUAAGUCAGUUUUUAGAGUUUCUUCUAGUCAAAUACAAAAGGACUUAAAUUCCGUGAAAAAAGAAUGUACAGUACAGAAAGCAUUUGAAGAUUUGCGAAAUAUCAUAAACCACGUUAAUCGUGGUUCUCCCUUCCCUGCUCGCAGGGAAGAUUUCGAUACAGAUGAUGCUUAUGAGAAGUGGAAAUCCAUUGAGACAAAAACGAUCAGAGAUCUUAUGGCUACCAUGGCUUUAACAAAUCCUGAAGUAUUAUCCAAAGAUCCCACUGAUCAUGUUUCUACACUUUUGACAAAUGAUCCGAAUAAACCAUCAUCUGCACCCAAACGAACUAAUUUCACCGAACAAGACACACAACGUCACCAACAACAACAGCCACCUUACCAGCCAUCCUAUCCACAUUAUAAUCCUCAGCAUCCUCAUCAAACUUCGUAUCAAUCAUAUAAUCAACCUCAGUACCCACCAUAUCAGCAGCAGCCACCGUAUCCACCCUAUAAUUCUGCGAGACCUCAAUAUCCUUAUAACUACGGCCAGCAAAGGCCUAUGUAUCCUUAUAAUCAGCCACCUCAAUCCCAUUCUCCUUACAAUCAACCACCUCAAUCCCAUUCUCCUUACAAUCAACCACCUCAGUCACAUCCUCCUUAUAAUCAACCAUCAACACAGCCUUCACACAGCAUAAAAGAUCCUUUAUCCACUGAGCUUUUAAUGAACAAAUGCAUAGAUUAUGAGUUACAACAUGGAUCGUCGGAAGAUCAAUCCAUCAAAAUUCUUUCAAAAGAUGUGAUAGGCUUGCUCAAUGAAUGUGCUCUGCGUUGGAGAAUUUCCCCAGCAUUUCGAUGGUUGCAAUACCUGGACGUUAUUAGGUCUCGCUUUGACAGUGAAGAUCCUCAAAUACAAUUAGAUCACAUUAAAGAAGGAAUGCAUUUGUUAAAGGAUGCAAUAAAACAUAGAGAUGUUUCGACUUGGACUAUUUCUGAUAAAAGAGAACAUGUGGAGGUCUUUUCUGGGAUUCAUGACACUUUGUUAAAUUACAUGAAGGAAGCACUAGAACAUGUAUUUAAGAUUAAGCCUACAGAAUUCGACCCUAUAAUAUUUUUAUUGAAUGCGAUAUACGAGUCUGAAUUAUUCAAUACUCACUACCGGGAUGUGUCUCCUUUUUACAACGAUCUUCGAGAAUGCGUUAGAAAAGCGGCGUUUGACGAAUAUAGGUCUGGGGUAGGAAAAAUAUACGAAAAAGAAGCUUCUUCAAACGAGGUACAAAAGUUUACCUCUAUUGCACGAUGGAUACUACAAGAAAUAGACAAAUUAAACAACAAGUAUCCUAAACCUUUAGUUGGACAACUUGACAUCGUUCGUUUGGUAAUUGAAAAACAAGCUCCACUUUUGAUUUUGGAUAUGGAAGGUGCUGCAGCGGAUAUUAUGGUCAAAGUAAAAAUGACAACCACAUCCGAAGAUGAAAUUCCUGUUGACGAUAUCAUUGAACUUUAUCGGGAGAUAAUGGAACUAAAAUAUGUAUUUGAAAAUCGUUGUCCUGGUACGAAAUUUUCUUUCGGAAUUGAAGAAUGGUUUGGUCCUUAUAUCAAAAAAUGGCUGGAAGCUACGAACAAGAAAACUCCUGAAUGGGUCCGUUCUGCAGUUAGUGUGGACGAGUUUAAACCUGUAAGCAGUACGGAUACACAUUCCUCUUCUGUGGUGGAUCUUUUUACAUCAUUUAAUCAAACUGUUGAUUUCGUAAAAAGACUUGAUUGGCCCAACCAAGAUCAAUCUGCCCGUUUCAUGACAAGUCUGUCACAAACCAUUGGUGAAGCAUUGGAACAGUAUUGUAAGGUUAUGGAAGACCUCUUUAUGAAAGAUUUGGCAGCUGUUUAUGCAGAUCAAGAAUCAUCAAAACAAUCAGCUUGGUAUCUAAGAGCAAAAAAUGCCCUUACUAGUGAGAAAGCUGCACCAGCUGACAUCCAGCCAAAGUCUUGCGUUAAGAUGAAUAAUAUUGAAGCGGCAGGCGAACAGCUGGACAAAUUAUAUGAUUCUAUGAAUGUUGAUAAUGUGUCGGGAAUUAUGAAUGAAUCAGAGUCUAGAAUGCCCCUUUCAGAAAAAAUUAUAAGGAACAGAUAUCUUUAUACAAUUAAAAUUGUAAUGGCCGAAAAUUUAACGGCCCAGGAUGUUAAUGGACUUAGCGACCCGUAUUGUGUUCUGACAGAUGAAAAGGGACAUAUUUUGGCACAGACGCGUGUUAUAUUUGAAACGUUAAAUCCACAAUGGAAUGAAGCAUUUGAUAUUACUCUUGAGUUUAAAGACCAGGAUUAUCGAAAAUUACUCGUCACGGUUUGGGAUAAAGACCAAGUUGGUUCGGAUGACGUUUGUGGAAAAGCACAAAUUUAUUUAGAUCGUCGUUAUUUCACUGACUCUAGACCCAAUGACGUACAUCUCGACCUUAAUCCACAAGGUCGCGUUUUGUUACGUGUUAGUAUGGAAGAUGAGAAAGAUGAUCCUCGAUUUUAUUUUGGUAAGGCAUUUAGAACCCUUAAACGAUCACGUGACGACAUGACGAGAACAAUUGUCGAUAGAAUGUCGCCAUUUUUUAAACAAUGCUUAUCUCGAGAUGUAAUCAACAAACUGCUAAAGCCAGCAGUCGGUUUUGCUGAACUAUUUGGACCGAAAAAACGUGAUCUUACAGAUCGCAAUAUUGAGGAAGCAAUCGACCCUCUUUUCGAUUAUUUUGAUGAGAAUUUGAUGAUACUUCAUAAUAAUUUGCACUAUGAGGUGUUCAAAGCAGUUAUGAGGUGGAUAUGGAAAGAACUUGUUACUAUUAUUGAAUUAAUUAUAAUACCUCCUUUGUCAGAUCGACCAUCAGAUUUAAAACCACUCUCUGAUAAUGAGCUCAUGAUUGUAUUAAAAUGGUUACAGUUUUUGAAACAAUAUCUGCACGCUGAUGGGAAUGGUGUGUCAAUUGAAAUACUCGAAAAUCAAAAAUAUAAAGAAAUCAGUCAAAUAGAUAAAUUUUAUAAUUUGGAUACGGAACAACUCAUGCAGGAAUACCUUAACAAUCAAAUUAUUAAUACAUUGGAUUCUCAGAAAAGUCAACUUAAAGCGAGUAAAUCAGUGCUUCAUCAACGAAACCUUGGCACGAUUAAAAAACGAAAAAGUGAAAAACGUCAAAAAAAUGAUCGUCAAGAUCAUGGAGAGGUUAUACUUAGAACUUUAAGAAUGCGAUCUGGAAAUAAAACAAAAUCAUUCUUAAAACAGCAAGUAGAAGAGCGACUUAAAAAAUCGGCAACUAGUGCGUUUAAAGAAAAUUCAGCUUAUUCACCGCUGAAACCUGUACCAGAAAAAUGA